AUGCUCGCUCCGGUCAUCAGAAAUAGAAUAGGGGUACGUGCCCUUUGCCAACCUCACAUUGUUCUUUCAAAAAGAUUCGCUUCCCAGAAAGCCCCAAGAGGCGUUCCUUCGGACCAAGUUGGGCUCCCAGUGAGAUUCUACAUCCCACCAUCUUAUGCCAGUUACCCAAGCAUUUUACAAAGCCCUAUGGGAUGGGUGAGACUCGUGGCUAGAAGAGUAUACAACUUUGGGCGUAAUACUGCACAAAUUGGGUUUGCAAGAUUUUCCGGAGGUUUCAAGCCAGAGUUUUUACUAUGGAAAAAUGAGGCGGUCGAUAUUUUCGUCAAGGUUAACAAGGCAUUCGCUAAAAGAAAAAUAGAAUCGGUAAAGGAUACUUUGACCAUCUGGAGUAGAGUGCCACUUCUUAAAAGACAAGAAACUUUGCCAGGGAGUUUUGAAUUCGAUUGGAAAUUGGUCAAAUUGCUCAACCCUCCUAAAUUGGAAGUGUUCUUACCAUACGCUUUGCCAGGUCAACCAUUAGACAAAGUGUUGAUCAUUUACAAAUUCAAUUCCAUUCAAAGAUUGAUCAAGUUAAAUAAAAAAACACAAGAAGUCUCCACCAGCGAUGACACAAUAGAAAACCACUUGGCGUUUGUCGUUGACUUGAAUACCAACAAGUUGAAAUUAUGUGGAUCUACAUUCGAAAGCAGUGUGGAUGAAUCUAUUGACGUUGUUCAACCAAAGAAUUCAGGUACAGUGAUGAAGAUUCAAGGUGACAUUUUCAGAGUGAAUGAUAAUGCUUUGAAAGAAUCUAUGGAUUUGGGUAUAUAA